GCUGCAUCAUUCAAUAUACAUGAGGAAUUUCUCUCUGCAAUUCUGUUUUCCUCUAUUUCACAUUCUUUUGUUUCAUGGUAUCAGAGCUGCCGAUCAAUGGCCAACGCUCAUACAGAAAAUGAUUCUCAGUCCUUCAACGAUACAAACCCCAAAAACAAAUACCUCAAUUUCUCUGACCCUUUCAAUCCAUUCCGAAUUGAGAAUGGUGAUAACCCAGCUGCUGCUCUCGUUUCUGAACUCUUGACUGCUGAUAAUUAUGUCAGUUGGUCUCGUGCGAUUUCUCGAGCUCUUCGCGCGAAGAACAAACUUGCUUUUGUUAAUGGUACAUUGUCUAAACCUACUGAUAUCUCAGAUCCUCUUUUUGAAGCUUGGGAGAGAUGCAAUGACUUGGUUGUUUCGUGGCUACAAAAUUCUGUAAGUUCUUCUGUUAAAUCUAGUCUUGCUUUAGUUGAGGAUUCAAGAGUAUUGUGGCUGGAACUCAGGGAUCGUUUUACCCAUCAAAAUGGCCCUCGUAUUUUUCAACUCAAACGUGAUUUAGCUAGCUUAUCUCAAAACCAAGAUAAUAUCAGCACCUAUUUUGGUCACCUCAAAGCAUUAUGGGAUGAACUUGCUAUUUAUGACCCCCUUCCCGAUUGUGUAUGUGGGAAAUUAAAAAUCCUUCAUGAUCGAUAUGACCGAGACUGUGUCAUUCAAUUCCUUAUGGGUUUGUCUGAUUCAUACUCAAACACCAGAGAUCAGAUAAUGUUACUUGAUCCUCUCCCAUCCCUUAACCGUGUAUUUUCCAUGAUCCAACAACAAGAACGACAACAUUUGAUGAUUCCUUCUAUCAAAUCCCCUGACCUUAUGGCAAUGAUGGCCAAACCAUUUUUUAACUCUAGCAAAAAUUUCUCCAAGGCUACUUCCCAGAAAACUAAUCGCCCAUACUGCUCUUACUGCAAGCUUCCUGGUCAUUCUCUUGAAAAUUGUUUUAAGGUUGGAAAUGCCGAUCCACCACAAUGCACUCAUUGUAAUAUGACUGGCCAUAUUGCCGAGAGAUGUUAUAAACUGCAUGGCUACCCACCUGGUCACAAACUCCAUGGGAAAACUAAAGGCAUUGCAGCAACUAUUACUCAAUCCCGAGCACUCUCGAAUGGUGAUCAUGAGGAGGAUUCAACUGAAUCAAUGAUGCUUACCAGGAGUCAAUACCAGCAAUUACUUUCUCUUUUGCAUUCCAAGGAGACUAGUUCAGCCAUGGCUUCACUAUCUGUUACACAACCAUCUUCUUCCUCUCCCACUCCUCACGUCAGCAACUCUCGUGUUUCUGGACUUAGCAUCAUGGACAACGAUUGGGAUGGGUGAAGUUAGAACUGGUCUGUACCACCUUCUCAGGUCUCGGGUGUCACCCUCUGCUUUGGUUGAUGCACUGCCUCAUCUUCAUUCCUCAACUUCAUUUCCUUCCGCUUCCGCUACUCACACUACUUCAUUGUGUGAUUUAUGGCAUUAUCGUUUAGGACACAUUUCCCUUUCCAGAUUAGCUUUAAUCACUGAUCCCAUUAUCACACACAAUCGAACAUUUCAUAAUCCAAUACCAUGUUCCAUUUGUCCUUUGGCUAAGCAGCGGCGUGUUUCUUUUCCAACUUCUGCACAUUCUGCUUUAAAUAAUUUUGAUCUUGUCCACUGUGAUAUAUGGGGUCCCAACUCAGUUAUUGCAGUGGAUGGAUCACGUUUUUUUCUUACAAUUGUUGAUGACCACUCUCGGACAACAUGGGUUUAUAUGCUUAGAAAUAAAUCUGAUACCCGGUCUUGUUUUA